GUGCCUUUGCACGAGCAAUCGUCACGUCAUCACCAACAGCCUCGCUCGGGCUCGCGCUGGUGCUCGAGCUCACGAAGAAGGUUCACCCGCCGAGGCCACGUUCGCUUAGCGUCGGCAGUCAGGGUCCCAGUCGUCCAUCGAGGAGGCGUCGUCGGGUGCCGAGAUACGACUUCGCCUCCUCCUCUUUCCCGUGGCAUGUCGAGUCCUCGGAACGUCCUACGAACCGUCCUCUGGGCAGCGUCCCAACCUUUCCGCUGGCUGCUGCGCCAACUGGCUGCCGCCACCGGUUCCGAGGCCAGCGAGGAGCAGCCCGCGAACGCCGCCGUCCCGUCCUGCUGGUCUCUGUUGGGCGCCUCGCUCGGGGGUCGCAAGAUGGAGGCGCUGCUCUUCGCGUACACCGCUGCGGCCACCAUGCCGGCCGCGGCCAUCACGGCCAUCUUCCGGGAGCAGUCCUGCCGAAGCCUGUCGUUCGCCAAGGGCGUGUGCGAGAACCUCGCCAAGCACGAAGAAGAGCGUUACAAGGCGUACGUGGUCUCCAGCCGCUACCUGCUCCUGUCGGAAGGCGUGCUCACGCUCACCUCCGCCGUGGUCGCCAUCCUGGCGGGCCCAGUGUGCGACAAGUACGGACACCGGACGCUCGUGGGGCUCGCCAUCGGCGGUGCCGCGAGCACCACUCUCGUGCGCGUCUUCGUCGCCUUGGGAAGCGGCCCCAUGCUGGCGCACGUCUUCGCGGUCCUGCCCAUGGGCCUAACAGGUGGUCACGUGCUCAUGCUGGCCUGCUGCUACUACGUGGUGACGAAGCGCACCGAAGCUAGGCUCUUUCGAACCAUCAGGUUUUACCUGCUCGAGGUGUCCGCGCUCUUGGGCCGCGCCGUGGGCUGGCUCGUGGGCUGGUUCCUGCACUCGGUCCUCGGCCAUUAUGUGUCGCUGUGGACGGCGCUGGGGGUGCAGUGCUUCCUGCUGGCGACGCUGUGGGCGAGCCCCCCUCUCAGGGACUCCUCGGCGAGCACUGGGGUGGGCCAGCCGAACCAGCUGCGGCUCCUGAUGAGCGCGGACAACGCGCGCGAGGCGGCCAAGAUGUUCGGCGGCCACCGGAACAUCCGCGGCACGCUCAAGCUGCUGUUCGCGCUGCAGGCGCUCAUCGCCGCCAUCAACUACGGUCCCGAUGAGAUCCUGUACCCGUACGCCCGGCUGGUGUACCGCUGGUCGUACUCGCACUUCGCGCUCGUCACGGCCAUCGGCGGCCUGCUGGUCGGCGUCAUCGGCGUCUUCGCCGUCGGCUGCAUGCGCGUCGUCGGCGUCAACGACGUCACGUUCGUGAACAUCGGAGCCACCUUCGGAGGCGUCCGCGACCUGAUCAUCGGCCUGGCGCAGCUGCCUGCCGUGUUCUACUUCAGCUACAUUUUGGCCGUACCCCAAGGGGUCGCACCGGUGGGCCUCAAGUCGUACUUCUCCAAGCUGGUUCCUGCAGACGAAUGCGGCAAGUUCAUGGCCCUGGUGACCGCCUGUGAGUCGACGUUCACCGUGCUCACCAGAGUGGCGCUGUCGUUCACCUUCGACAUCACCUCGACCAUCUUCACGGGCCUGCCCUUUAUCGUCUGCGCCGCACUGGCCUUACCCGUCAUCACAAUCUCAGGGUUCCUUAACCCAACGCCGGAAUCGAGCAGCUCAAGUAGCGGGAGUGUGCCUCCCCCAGCUGGCGAGCGAGGUGCGGACGACGGCGGUGCCGCCGCCGGAGCAGCCGAAGUACCGGGUUCGGCUCCCGAACCGGUAGCGGCUGGCGGCAUCAUGCCCGAGCCUUUGCGGAAGCUCGGCGGCGUCUUGGCGGUCCCAGCGGUGGUGCAGGCCGCACAGGCGGUACGCGCCGUGCCGGCCGCCGCUCAGCAGGCCGCUGCCGUCUUGUUUCAUCCGGGUCAGCAGCAGCAGCAGCAGCAGCGCCCUCUGCCGAAAGCGACGGCCGCAGCUCGGUCGUGAUGGGUCUGUCUGCCUCCGCCCCGCCCCGGAACAAGGUUUGUCAUCAUGGCCGCGAGACACCGGAACUCUCCGGGGUCACCCGACUUUGAAUUCCGACCCAGCGGAGUCACAGCGGCGGCGCUGCGCACCACUUCCCAAUCGAUGCCGAGCGACGCAUCCGGCGACGCCUCCCCACGACGCCAAUUGGCUGCUGAGCGACCAAUGGCAGCGCUCGUUAAUUAGCCAGCCUAUGGGAGACAGUUUUGCGGAGAAGGCGAAGCGACCACUCCGAACCGACCUCGGCGCUCGUCUGUUGACGGAUCGAUAGAAACGUUAGCGGCUAAUCCACACGCCGCGCUGUUAUGCGGAGCGCGCGCCAACUGCCUGUUAAAGGGACGGUGGGCGUGCGAGUAAAAUUAUCGAAGCGUCACGCUUACGGGGGCCCGUUGUGUGUGUGGUGGUGGUGACGCAUAUUUUACGACUUUUAUGUGCUGUCGUGUAAACGUGAAUGGUGGAGCUCCACCUUUACUCGUGUCGGUCGUCGCCAAAGCGAUGAUGCGCAACCUGUUUUUCAAAUCCACUAUUGAGGUUGGGCAAGUUUGUAUUUGAUUUUCGAACUGGUGAAGCGCUCUGUUCCUUCUUUUGGUCGGCUCGGC